AUGAGCGUGGAGAUCUUGGACGGCGAAACCAUCCGACAGUUCGUCGCCGACGAGCUGGCCUUCAACGCAUCUAUCGACUGUCGCUUCGCGAACCUUGACACCAACCACGACGGCCUGCUGUCUUUCAUGGAGAUGGCCAAGGAGCUGAUGAGCAUGCGGGUGCUCGAAGUCCACUUCGGCAUCGACGGCCCAGAGAUGAACCACGAAGAGCUUGUUGAACUGUACCGCGGCAUUUUCGAGAGGUUCGACAAGGAUGGAGAUGGAAAUGUGGACUUGGAGGAUUUUAGGGCGGAGAUGAAGGAGGUUUUGCUCGCAGUGGCGGCGGGGAUAGGGUUCUUGCCGGUGCAGAUGGUGGUGGAAGAAGGAAGCUUUCUUAAGAUGGUGGUGGAGAGGGAAGCGGCUGGCCUCUGA